AUGCCUCCCGCCAGUGCCAAAGCCAAGCAGUCCAACGGUGCGGGCAAGCCCAAGCCCAAGGCAUCCUCGCCCUCGUCUGGCACCUCGACGCCCACAGCUAUCGCUCCGAGCACCACCGUGACGGCAGCCCAGAUUGAGCUCGCUGCCUACGGCACCGGCAGACCCGACAAGGCCUUGUACGACGCGGAGCAGAACAAAAUCAAGGGAGAGAUCGACACUCAACAAACCCGGCUGAACACCGUCAAGGACAAGCUCGCUGGUGGCAAAGGUGGGCCAGCCCAGGAACGGAGAAAGGAAAUCCUAGAUGAGCUCGCGGAGAUCCGCAACGCUCAGGGAAACAUCAAGCAGGAGCGCGAAAAGGUCCGUGAUCAACUGAAGGCUCUGCAGGAUGGCGUCCAGAAGAAGAUAAAAGACCUCAACGCUUCCAAGGCCAAGUUCCCGUACAAGUCCGUCGCAGAAGUCGAUGAGCGUGUCAGGCAGCUCGACAAGCAGGUCGAGUCGGGCGACAUGAAGCUCGCGGACGAGAAGCGUGCGCUGGCCGAGAUCAGCCAGCUGAGGCGCAGCCGGCGCGUCGUCGAGGGCUUCCAGGGCGAGCAGGACGCCAUCGAGGCCGACCGCGCGCAGGCGGACGCGCUCCGGGGCCAGCUGGACGACCCCGAGAACAAGGCGGUCUCGGAGAAGUACGACACGCUGCAGACAGAGCUCGACGAGCUCAAGAAGGUGGCCGAGCAGUCGCAAGAGGCGCGCAACAAGCUCCUCGACGAGCGCACGCAGGUGCAGGCGCAGCUCGACGCGCUGUACGGCCAGAAGCGCGAGUCCGCGGCGCGCUUCCGCGAGGCGAACGACCGCUUCUACCAGAAGAUGCAGGAGGACCGCGCGCGCCGGGCGGAGCGGCAGCGCGCAGAGCGCGAGGCGGCGGAGCAAGCCAAGAGGCAGGAUACCGUGGAUCGCCUGCGCGAGGAGGCCGAGGCGCCCGCGUUCCAGGCGCAGAUCGAGGACUGCCAGACCCUCAUCGACCAGUUCUCGGGCAGGUCGUCCGCACCGGCGCCGCUCUCGAGCGAGCAACAGCAACAGCAGCAACAGCGGGGCAACGUCGCAGGCGUGCCCGAGCUCGACAUCCGCAAGGUCGACGCGCCGCCAGAAGGCGUCGUCGUCCGCAAGAAGAAGGGCGAUGACGACGAGGCGUACUUUGUCGGCGGCAAAAGCAAGAAGGGCAGGAAGGGCGCCAAGCCCGCGCCCGCCCCCGACGCUGCCGAACCCUCGGGCGACAAGCUCCAUGUGCCGCUCCCCACCCUCUCAGCGCUGCUCUCGCUUUCCAUCCCGCCACCGACGUCGACCGCGGACCUCCCGCGCGUCGUCGAGGACCUGAAGACCAAGAAGGCUUGGUUCGAGGCGAACCAGGCCCGUGUCACUGCCGAGAACAAGGCGAAGGCUGAGAAGGAGAUCGAGCGCCUCACUGGCAAGCCCAACCGGGUCGACGUCCCUGUCACCGACGACCUCACACCGCCGAAUGGCGGCGCCGAGCAGCCUGCUGAGCCGGCAUCAACGCCAGCUGUCACGGACGCGCCGUCGGUGCCAGUCCCGGGGGCGGAGGUUGUGGAGAAACUAGAAACUGUUGAGGAGAGCGAGGUCGCUGAGGCUGAGGCUGAGGCUGAUGCUGAAGUAGAGGCUGAGGCUGAUGCUGAAGUAGAGGCGGAGGCUGAGGCUGAAGUAGAGGCUGAGGCUGAAGUAGAUGCAGAUGCAGAGGCAGGGGCAGAGGCAGGGGCAGAAGCAGAGGCAGAGGCGGCAGAGUCAUAA